AUGAGCGACCAGACAGGGCCGUCUGAGGCCACUUCACUUUUGCGAGAGAAUUCUAGCGAUCAACACACACAAUAUCACAGCGUUACCCGCCAUACACACGAUGUGGAAAGCAGCUCAUCCACCACAGAAAUCGAUGAUGAGGCUCUGUUCCCUGUCUUGUCACGAGUUCAAUCAACUUCUCAGGUCCUAGACAUUGAACCAAACCCAGACAGGCUCCCGUCUAUCCGCUCGGGUAAGAGAAGCAAUGCCUCCGCUGGCGACGAUAGCAUUGAGGAUGAGGAUGACAGCUAUGCUGCGCGAUUCAUCGAUGUCUCCCCCACCCGGUUCUGGCUGAUUUUCAGUGGUAUCAUGCUCGGAUACGUAAUUGGCUUUUUUGAUUCAACCUUGAUGGCUUCGAGUCAUCCUGUUAUCACGUCCUAUUUUCAUGCCGCAAAUGCGGCUUCGUGGUUGUCGACCGCCUUUCUGCUUACUUCGACGGCAUUCAUGCCCCUCUUUGGUCGCGUUUCGGAUACAUUAGGCCGUAAGCCAGUCUACCUUUUCUCCAUCGCCGUAUUCUUCUUCACUACAGCAUGGUGUGGCCUCGCUCAAUCCAUUGGCAGCUUCAUCGCUGCUCGAGCCCUUUGUGGUCUCGGCGCUGGUGGUGUAUUCUCCAUGGGCCAGAUUAUCUCUAGUGACCUUGUCCGCAUCGAGUACCGUGGUACCUACCAAUCGUACAUCAACCUGUGCCUGGGUAUUGGUAGUUGUCUAGGACUCGCCUUUGGUGGGUUUCUCUGUGAUAAGAUUGGCUGGCGAAAUGCAUUCCUUAUCCAAUUGCCUUGCAUCUUUGUCUAUUUCGUCUCUUCCGCUUUUAUGGUGCCGGCGGAUCUUGGGUUGAAGCGCACAGGAUCGGACCGCAAGACGCUACUACAGGUACUUCGCAGCAUAGAUCUGACGGGUUCUUUAUUCCUGGUUUUGUCGGUCACUGCUUUGAUCAUGGGAUUGAAUCUGGGAGGAAAUGUCUUCCCUUGGAAACACCCGGUAGUCAUCGGUUCGUUGCUGGCAUCUGUUAUCCUGGCUAUCAUUCUAGUGCGAUAUGAACGAAACGUACCACUUCCUGUCUUGCCGACAGAAUUGCUAUCCAAGAAUCCUCGCGCAAAUAUCAUUAUUGGCAACUUCUUCGGGGCAAUGUCUGUCAAUACUAUGAUGUUCAACGCACCGUUGUAUUUCCAGGCCGUCAAGCUGGCUAGCCCAACGGAUUCUGGAUUUCGACUCGUGGCUGCAUCUAUCGCUGUGACUCUUUCCAGUGUUGGUACCGGAUUUUUCAUUACCUGGUCGCGGCGAAUGAAACCGACUAUCAUCAUCGGCGGUUUUUGUAUGCUUUUAGGCGGAUGUCUAGCUGGCUUGAUGAACGUCAACACACCCCAGGCACUUGCCAUGAUUUGUGUAUCUUUCAGUAGCCUGGGUCAGGGAUUCUCGUUCCCGAGCCUUAUGGUCUCUAUUCUCGCUACCAGCGACCAUGCCGACCAAGCAGUGGCUACUACGACUCUGGGACUGGCGCGUAACCUCGGCUCCGUUCUGGGUGUCUCUAUUAGUAGCUGGAUCUUCCAAAACGCCUUGCUUCAAUCCCUUCAACAUAAGGUCACUGGAGUUAAUAAAAGUGAUAUCAUUGGACUUGUCCGCAAGUCUAUUAGCAGUAUUGGCGACUUGGACCCGGUGCAUCGAGAGCAAGUGAUCUGGUCAUACGCUAUUGCCCUUCGGUUCACCUUUUUUUCUGCGGCAAUCUGGGGUGCCAUCAUGCUGUUUCUACACCUCCGGCUCCGAUUGCCCCGGUUGGGACGCAAAGCGUGA